GAAAAGUUGUAAUCAUGGCGCGUGUACCACCGCCUGCGUUGAAGAAAGAUAAAAAGGAGAAGAAGGUUCCGAAGGAUAAUUCUAAAAAUGUAAUGCGGAAUCUUCAUAUCAGAAAGCUUUGCUUGAACAUAUGUGUUGGUGAAUCCGGUGACAGGCUGACUCGUGCCGCCAAGGUGUUGGAGCAACUCACAGGACAACAGCCUGUAUUUUCCAAGGCUAGGUAUACAGUGCGGUCUUUUGGUAUCCGUCGUAAUGAAAAGAUUGCUGUCCAUUGUACAGUCCGAGGAGCUAAAGCAGAAGAAAUCCUUGAGAGGGGUUUGAAAGUCAGAGAAUAUGAAUUGCGGCGUGACAACUUCUCCGCCACGGGUAAUUUUGGCUUCGGUAUUCAAGAACACAUUGACUUGGGUAUCAAGUACGAUCCCUCAAUUGGAAUUUAUGGACUGGACUUUUACGUCGUACUUGGCCGGCCAGGUUUCAACGUAGCACACAGAAGGCGUAAGACAGGAAAAGUGGGAUUUCCCCACCGCCUCACAAAGGAAGAUGCUAUGAAGUGGUUCCAACAGAAAUAUGAUGGUAUCAUACUUAAUAGCAAAGCAAAGUAAAAUAUAAGUAAAUAAAAGUAAUAAAACUC